AUGACCACUCCAUACAUCCCCGGCCGUCUCGAUGGCAAAGUCGCCGUCGUCACCGGUUCUGGACGAGGCAUCGGCGCCGCUGUCGCGGUGCAUCUCGGCCGCCUCGGCGCCAAAGUUGUCGUCAACUACGCCAACUCAGCCGAACACGCCGAGAAGGUCGUCGCCGAGAUCAAAAACCUAGGCUCCGACGCGAUCGCCCUGAAAGCCGACAUCCGGCAAGUGAGCCAGACGGCGAAACUCUUCGACGACGCCAAAGCCCACUUCGGCCACAUCCACAUCGCGGUCAGUAACUCGGGAGUCGUCAGUUUCGGCCACCUCCAAGACGUCACGGAGGAGGAAUUCGACCGGGUGUUCAGCCUCAAUACGCGCGGGCAAUUCUUCGUGGCGCGCGAGGCUUAUCGCACGCUCGAAGAAGGUGGGCGCAUCAUCCUCACGUCGUCCAACACUUCCAAGGACUUCAGCGUGCCGGCACAUUCGCUGUACUCCGGCUCCAAGGGGGCCGUGGAUUCCUUUGUCCGCAUCUUCUCCAAGGACUGCGGGCCGCGGAAGAUUACCGUCAAUGCCGUCGCGCCCGGCGGGACUGUGACUGAUAUGUUCCAUGCCGUGUCGCAGCAUUAUAUCCCUGGUGGGGAGAAGUUCACGCCGGAGGAGAGGCAGCAGAUGGCUGCGCAUGCGUCGCCACUUCACCGGAAUGGGUACCCCGAGGAUGUAGCUCGCGUUGUUGGAUUCCUUGCGAGCAAAGAGGCCGAGUGGAUUAAUGGGAAGGUGCUUACGCUGGAUGGUGGAGCGGCAUGA